CUAAUACUGCUCAUACACUCCUAGAUGCUUACAGUUAAAUCAAAAUAGUUUUCCCACACUGCUUUCCUUGAUGCAAAGUUUUAUCAAUACUAAUAUGAAAGUCCUUUAGAGCAUACAUUUUAAAGAUAGUCAUGAGAUGAGACAGAGAGCUGUACAAAUGUUUCUGGCUCUCUGAGCCAACGAGGGAAUCCUUGAUUAUCAGCUGGGAGUAGCAGGGUGGGGAUGGGAGUGGAAGUUAAGCGGUUACAGUUUUGGUAUUUGCAGCUGCAGCAGUUGGGAGGGUUGUUGCUGUAGAUCUGAGCGGGGGACUCCGGAGAUGGAGCAUGUAGGGGCGCCCACGCUGCUCUGCACUUUAUGGAUGACUUAUGACUCACACCCCUCAGAUUCUCCUUCUCCCUCACUGCCAACCCCUCUCUCUUUCAUUCUUCUCUCUGCCACUCCCUGAACUUAGCAGCGGAAAUGUUCUUCUCUGUACCCUCUGAGUAAAAAGCAGCACUCAAAGCUGCUGUCAGAUGUGUUAUAAUUUGAAAGCAUGAAGGAGAAGUUGUUGGUCUGAUUUCUCCAUCCUCCUGUGGGCCUUCUUAGCUUUCCUGCAUGCUUGGUCUGCUCUGUUAUAUGCAUUAGGAAAAAUGUACAGAAAACCUUCCAGAUGUUGUCAGAGGUAGGUGAAUGGUUCUGGCGGGAGCGGCUGUGGUUUCCAGAGGGUCUCGGCUGGGCCGACCUGGAGGAUCGGGAUGGACGAGUAUACGCAAAAGCCCGGGAUUUAUGGGUGGCUCUUCCCAUCGCCUUGGUAUUCCUCAUUAUCCGUCAGAUCUUUGAAAGGACAGUGGCUACACCCCUGGCAUCACUACUUGGGGUGAAAGAGACAGUGCGGCUUAAAGCCCCACACAACCCCACACUGGAGUCCUACUACUGUAACAUUUCCAAAUCUCCUUCCCAGUCUUCAGUAGCAAGCCUUUGCAAGCAGACUGGCCUCUCAGAAAGACAAGUGCAGCGAUGGUUCAGAAGACGAAGGAACCAGGACAGACCGAGUUUGCUCAAAAAGUUUCGAGAGGCCAGUUGGAGAUUUACCUUUUACCUUCUUGCUUUCAUUGCUGGCCUGGCCGCCCUCAUCGAUAAACCUUGGCUGUAUGACCUGAAGGAGAUGUGGCAAGGCUUCCCAGUGCUGACUCUCCUGCCAUCUCAGUAUUGGUACUAUAUGAUUGAGCUUGGCUUCUAUGGCUCUCUGCUCUUCAGUGUGGCUUCAGAUGUCAAACGCAAAGACUUUAAGGAGCAAAUAGUUCACCACGUAGCAACUAUCCUCCUCAUCAGCUUCUCCUGGUGUGUAAACUACAUCCGUGCUGGAACUCUCAUCAUGCUGGUGCACGACUCCUCUGAUUACUUCCUCGAGUCUGCAAAGAUGUUCAACUAUGCUGGCUGGCGAAACGCCUGUAACUACAUCUUCAUUGUAUUUGCUGCAGUCUUCAUUAUCACGCGCCUGAUUAUCUUCCCUUUCUGGAUUAUUUACUGUACAUGGGUUUACCCAGUGACUAUCUAUAAACCAUUCUUUGGCUAUUACUUUUUCAACGGACUGCUGAUGAUUCUGCAGUGUCUACAUAUCUUCUGGGCCAUUCUCAUCAUUCGCAUAGCAGUUCGCUUCCUCAAAAGCAAUGAAAAAGUUGACGAUGACAGAAGCGACAAAGAUGAAACAGACGAAUCAGAAGAGGAGGAAGAGGAGGCAGAGGAUAAAAAGCAUGUAAAGAAAAACGGACCCGUGCAAAAUGGUCACACAGUCCACAACAACAACCACAGCAAGAAAGAUUGAAAUGAAAGAAAUUAAGGAAACAGGAUGAAAGAAAGUGAGAAGGACUCAUAUUCCUCAGAGGGAGAGUUGCAAGGGAGGGAUGAAAAAGAGGGAAAGAAGAAGGGAUGUGGGUGGGAGGGAGAGGACAAGUAUUCCCUAAAACUAAAACUGCGGGUAUCUUUUUAAAAAAAAUGACACUGUUACUUUAACACAAACACACAUAUUCAGUUGCACUUUUAGAGGGCACAGAGAUCCAACAGAUGAUAGACACUACGCUACCCGACAUGGCUUUUUGCUUCUUGCUUCGUCAUCAGAUACAAUGUAUCAUCGCCUUUGUUUGAUGUUAGUCCAAAAAAUUUCAGUGAGAUGGGGAAGAAAAUGGAGAGGAGCAAAGAGUGGAGGAGAAACAGGAGGAAGGUGAUGCUGCUUUCACUUCAGCUUUCAUGCUUUAACUGUGUGCCUUAGAGCCAGCGGACAGCUGCUAAAUGCCAUUUUUAAAGCUCUGCUUUAAAAAUGUGCUGCUUUAUUCUUUUUAUUUUCUUUAUCUAAAAGAACAAAAAGUGAAAUUUGAUGAAAGUGAGACAAUGGGGCAUUUUUUCCCUCUUUUUCUGUCUAUGCAACGACACAACUGUCUAGCUGUUGCACCGUCUUUGCACAAACAUAUGAAGUCAUUUUUCGCAGUAGGACUUUGUGCCUCUGCUCUCUAGUGUGGCUUGUGUCAUUUAUAAGGUAUCAUCAUUUCAGUUUUUCAAGAAGUUGCUUUAUUUCUGUUCAGUCUUAAUCCAGCUAAGCCCAUAUCCUUUGGAGUUAUGUCACCUGGAAAAGGUGCAUUUCUUUCUGUUAAAGCUGAAAGCAAUAGAUAGAGAUGGGUGUUCAGUACAGGCCUGACUGAGAAAUCAGAACUUCCAGAAAUGAAUGUCUUUCAAGCUCAGUCCUCGUGUUGAUGAUGCCACCCACUGAAAAGAGAUGACACAGUGUAGUUAUUGUAAAGUUGGGUUGCAGUGUGGAAAUACAGGAAACUUUCUUAGAAGAAUUGGGUGUGCCAGAUUUCUCUAGUUUGCUGCCUAAUUGCUGAGGUUAUGUUAAAUAACCUGGCUACAAAUUUAAAUGUUCUAAAUUUAUGAUUUUAAGUAUGAUUCCGUGUAUGAAAUCAGUUUACAGGUAUGAUCUUUUGAUGUUUUUAGGAAGAAAUCUCUUGCUUUGGUUUUGAUGUAUUCAUGAAAUGAUAGCGGUUUCUAUCUUAUUGUCACACUUUUAUGUAUUUGUACGUCAAGUGCCUUAUCUGUAGCAUACGGAGAGCUCUCCAUCUUCAUGUCCUCUCCUUUUCUUUCCUGUUGCCACCUCACAUUGUAGCUCUUCAUCUCAAAGAUACAACCAUGCUGUCUCCUCACUGUUUCAUUCAACACUUGCUUCUCUUCUUUGGGAUGACCUUCUGCUCAAACUCACUCUCAUUCCACUACCACAUUCUCUUUUACUAACCCCGACCAACCAGCAACAUUUCUUUCCCAAUGAUGUAGAAGAAACAACUGUGUCCUAACUACAGUGUUAUAUUUUUAUUUUGUAUUUUUUUUUGUUUUGUUUUGUUUUAAGGAUGCCUAAACAUUGUUAUUAAUGAUAAAGGAUCAUGAAUCACAA